ACAGAGUAAUGAAGGCACUGGAGUGAACUUCAGUAUCCAGGUUCACUGAUUAUUAUUUAUAUGCAUAAUUCAUGAGGCGACUGUUCACUGUUGGCGCGUCCCCGCUGCUGAGUAACAAGAUGGCGGCCGCCGCCGGAUCAGGCGUAAAAGUCCCCCGUAACUUCCGGCUGCUGGAGGAGCUUGAGGAGGGUCAGAAGGGUGUUGGAGAUGGGACGGUGAGCUGGGGUUUGGAAGACGAUGAGGACAUGACCCUCACACGCUGGAGAGGAAUGAUCAUAGGACCCCCUAGGACCAUCUAUGAGAACAGGAUGUACAGCUUAAGAGUAGAAUGUGGACCAAGAUAUCCAGAAACUCCCCCUUUUGUUCGUUUUGUGACGAAGAUCAACUUGAAUGGAGUGCAUAACUCAAAUGGUGUGGUUGACAUGCGAGCUGUAUCCUCACUGGCCAAGUGGCAGAAUUCGUACAGCAUCCGUGUGGUCCUGCAGGAGCUGCGACGACUCAUGAUGUGCAAAGAGAAUAUGAAGCUGCCGCAACCUCCCGAAGGACAGAUCUUCAGCAACUGAGCUCAGAGCUUCUCCAUCUUCUCUACCUUCAUCCAGAAAGCAUUCCUUCUCCUCCUUUUUUCUGGACUCAUGAGAUUUCCUCUCUGUUCUUCUCUCUGUUCCUGACCACUCCCCAUGCGCUGCAGCAACCAAUGAGCAGUCCUGCUUCAGGAGCUCCCAUUGGACAGAAACGAUGGAUGUAGUGGUGUGCACAGCAGAAUACUGUACAUCAUUCUGAUCUUUUUUUAAAUGUUUAUUUGUUAUACAUGCAAAUUGUAAAAAUAACAAAUGAUCUUAUUGAGUGGAA